AUGCAAGUGGAAAUACAAAUUCAAUUAUUGAUUUUUCCAGUUGAUGAGGGCCGUAUUGUUGGAGGCCAGCCAGUGAGCAUCGAUGAACACCCGUAUCAGGUAUCCGUUCGAUUCAACAAUCGUCACGUAUGCGGUGGUGCGAUUAUUAGCGAGGAGUGGAUCAUCACAGCCGCCCAUUGCGUCCGAAGUCCCAUCGUUCGGUUGUUUUCGAUAAAGGCCGGCACUUCGGACAUCCGCGAGGAUGGAAUCGUCGUCGUCGCCAGAGAUGUCAUUAGUCAUGAGUACUACACAAGAAGAAGCGCAGAUUAUGACAUUGCUUUGAUUCGAUUGGAAAAGCCGCUGGUGUACAGUUCACGGGUGAGACCGAUUCUACUAGCACCGAUAGCCGAUCAUUAUAUCGCCGGCAGCAAGGCGGUGGUUACUGGUUGGGGAGUUUUGAGAAGUCACGGGUCGUUGGCCAAUCAGUUACGUAAAGUCGAGGUGCCGUUAGUUUCUAACGUAGAAUGCUCAGAGUUAUACGUGACCCGACCGAUCACGCCGAGAAUGAUUUGCGCCGGUUACGUAAACCUCGGAGGCAAGGAUGCGUGUCAGGGAGACAGCGGAGGACCUUUGGUGCAGUAUGAUAAACUGAUCGGAAUAGUGUCGUGGGGUUUCGGAUGUGCAAGACCGAGCUAUCCAGGUGUUUACACGCGCGUGACUGCCCUUCGAAGUUGGAUCACUGAGAAAACAGGACUCUGA